UUUCCACCACCUAAUCAUAAGUCGUCGCGUGUCAGUGCGAGCGAGCGAGCGGUCUGUCAAUCCCACCCCCAGCCUGCCGUUGCUGACGUUCUCUUCAUUUAUUACUAACUAAAUUAUUGGACCAAACGGCCAGUCUCUGGUCUCUCUCCUCUCUUCCAAGGCAAUGCAAGGAGGUCAAGCGGUGGUUGAGGGGCCAGUCCGGCUGGCCUCCGUUCUUUCGCCGUCCAAGCCUAAUUUUUUACCAUCAUUGACCAAAAUAGUUGGUACUCUCGGAGAAAAUUCUCGUCCGGUUGAGGUAAUUCAGGCAUGUCUAGAGGCAGGAAUGUCAGUUGCACGGUUUGAUUUUUCUUGGUUAGAUGACAACUACCACCAGGAAACCCUGGAAAAUUUGAGGAUAGCAGUGAAAAAUGUGAAGCGACUAUGUGCUGUUUUGCUGGAUACUAUGGGCCCAGCACUCCAGGUUUGCAAUAAGACUGGGAAAAAAAUUGAGUUGAAGGCUGGCAGUCAUGUGACUAUUACUCCAAAUAUUGAUAGAGAACCAUCAGCAGAGGUCUUACCUGUAAAUUACAAUGGUCUUGCAAAGGCUGUACAGAAGGGGGCCACCAUUUUUGUGGGGCAGUAUCUCUUCACAGGAAUUGAAGCUACCUCUGUGUGGCUGGAGGUUUUGGAGACUAGGGGUCCAGAUAUCAUAUGUCUAGUGAAGAACAGUGCAAUACUUGCAGGCUUUCUUUUUACCAUGCAUGUUUCCCAAGUUCACAUUGAGUUGCCUACUUUAACUGACAUUGAUAAACAGGCUAUAUCAACUUGGGGCUCCCGGAACAAAGUUGAAUUCAUUUCACUGUCAUAUACUCGGCAUGCAGAGGAUGUUCGAGAGCUCAGAAGUUUCGUGAAAGCUCAUAAUCUUCCUGAAACUCAGAUAUUGGCCAAAGUGGAGACAGUGGAGGGACUGAGACAUUUUGAUGAUAUCCUUCAGGAAGCAGAUGGAAUUAUACUUUCUCGAGGGAAUCUGGGAAUUGACUUUCCCCCAGAAAAGGUUUUCUUGUUUCAGAAGUAUGCCAUGCAUAAGUGUAAUAUGGUUGGGAAACCUGCCAUAAUUACUAGAGUGGUGGAUAGUAUGACUGCAAAUCUACGGCCUACUCGUGCGGAGGCAACAGAUGUUGCCAAUGCUGUUCUUGAUGGUGCUGAUGGUAUUUUACUGGGACCAGAAACACUUCGAGGCCUAUAUCCAGUUGAGGCAAUAAGAAUUGUGGGAAGAAUAUGUGCUGAAGCUGAAAGUGUUUAUAAUCAAUCUCUUCAUUUCAAGAGAAUCACCAAAUAUGUUGGAGAGCCAGUGUCUGAUGCAGAAUCUGUUGCUUCAUCAGCGGUGCUUGCUGCUACUGAAGUAAAGGCUGCUAUGAUUGUUGUGUUCACUUCAUCUGGUAGAGCAGCAAGGUUGAUUGCAAAAUAUAGGCCAUCUGUACCAGUGUUUGCUAUCACCAUCCCUCGUCUUAAGACGAAUUCACUGAGAUGGACUUUCACUGGCUCAUUACAGGCUAAGCAGUUGCUUGGCGUAAGAGGAGUCUAUCCUAUUUUGGCCAGUCCGAAUGUGGCUACCUCAGGUGGUUCGAGCGAAGAAUCAGGCUUGAAGAUUGCCCUUAAUCAUGGUAAAUCUGUGGGGUUACUGAAACCUAAUGACCAGGUGGUUGUCUUCCAAAAGAUAGGGGAUUCAUCUGUCUUCAAGAUCGUUGUACUUGAGUAUUAGCAAUAACAUAUUCAAUACCAAGUACCAUGUCCUUUGUAACCAACCUUGCUAAAUUUUUCUACUCUCCCGAUAUUGAUCACACCAAAUCCAGCAAUAUAUUGAAGUACAAUCUACUCGCGGUUGAGGUAUUUUGAGCCAUCCAAUUACAUAUAUGACUUUUAUGUUCACCUGUAUUGUUUUCACUUUUUAUCAGGGAAUGGCAAGUCUUUGCUUGGUGGGUAGGAUACAUAGGUAUUUUAGCUUACUUCGAAGGUGGCAUUGUUAGAGCAAAGGCAAUGCGAUUCUCCUGGUCUGUCUGAAAAUCAAAUAAAAGAGAAAAGAAAACUGCGUUUGAUAAUCAA